CGACGUUACUUUUCACGUGGACACGAGCUUUCCGUCGUUUAGCGCGAGCUCGUACGUGUUCUCUUUGAUGUAGCUGUUGGAUUCAUCGCUUAAACAUGUCUGAAACAAACCCAAACGCCGCUCUGGCGCACUUCAACCGUCAGACGCUGGACUUCACUCUGAAAGAACUGAGUCUCUCCGAACGGGCGGACGGAGACGUCGCCGCGCGGGGAGGCUCGUCUUCCGUGGAGCUGCGGGGCAGCAAGAAGCUGGUGUGCGUGGAGUAUCCGGCGGUGGUGAAGAGCGUGGAGAAGAUGCUGGAGACUCUGGGAGGAGAACAGACCGUGAGCAAAACUUUCAGUGACCCAAGCAGGCGCCUCGAGCUGCGUUUCCGACCUCAGGAUCCUUUCUGCCACUCAGUGUGCGGAAACCGUCUCCCAUCGACCAACCUCCUCCUAAGGGUGAGACGGCGCGUACGAAAGAAAGACCCAAAGGACGCAGAGAUUCAGAUGGAUAUAGUUGGAAUCAUCGCAACAACUUACAAAUUUCAGGGGAUGGUGGACUUUCAGUGCCUCGCUGUUAACUCGCUGAAUGGAGAAGACACAUCUCUGUACGACAAAAUCAUCCUCCGUAAAGCAGAGAGUCCGGCCUUCUUUGAGCAGGAUGUUCCUAACUUCCUCCCUCCGGCCAUCUUUUCACGCCUCGACUGUCCCGUGGAUUAUUUCUACCGACCAGACAGCCAACAAAAGUUACCAUCAGCUGAGACCACGCGUGUCAGAAAGAACCUGAUUGGCUUGGCUCGUGCUCGGAGGCAGAACAAUGCCGUAUUUGUGAGCUUUAACGAUCCAUCGGUGCCGACCGAGUGCCUCCCGGCCGCCAAGCAGAACUGGGCUCGAUUCUGCAUGAAGGAGAGCGACAGACGGGCCGAAGCCAACAUAAGAGAGAUGUUUGAGAGGCGGCCCAUCUGGUCUCGGAACGCGCUCAAGGCCAACACCAACAUCCACCCUGAAAAACUCAAGCUUCUGCUGCCCCUUUUUGCUUAUUACAUGGUGACGGGACCCUGGAGGUGCCUGUGGGUCCGUUUGGGCUACGACCCGCGAAAGAACCCUGACUCUAAGAAAUAUCAAAUGUUGGAUUACAGAAUCCGCUGUAGCUCCAAAUACGGCCACACUGUCCCCAACAUACCGGUGAAAGCCAAAAGGAGUGCCCAUAACUACAGCUUGUCGAUCACAUUGAACAAAGCAGUUCCUCAGGCUGCUAAUGUGAUGGAUAGCCUCUCACAGGAUGGUCCAAGCACCAGUCGGGCUCCACUUCCUGUCUCGUACCAGCUAAAGGAGUCGUCCUACAUCUUCAGAGAUGGGAUGCUGCCGCCUCACAGACAGAUGUUCUACCAGCUCUGCGACCUGGAGGUGGACAGCAUCAAAGACGUGAUCGAGCAGAACAGCGGUAACGAACGUGCGUGUGACGAGCGCGACGGCUGGUGUGUUGUCGGCACCACGGACAAACUCAGGGACUUGAUCUCAGCCAUGAUUAGGAAAGUGGUGAGAGAAAAGAAACCAGAGUUACCCCAAGUCUUUCAGAAAAGACGGCGAAUAGGCCUGAUUGUGAAAUUCCCAGAGAGAGAUGUGGAGGAAGAGGAGGGAGAGUGUGGGAUCAAAGAUGACGACGAUGAUGAUGAUGACGAGGACGAGGAGGAAGAUGAGUUUCAACCAUCGGAGGGAAGUGAAAAUGAGAUGGAGACAGAAAUUCUGGACUAUAUGUGACAAAUGAUCAAACUAAAUGUUGAGUUUUCCUUUGUCGUAAUUUAAGAUUUGAAUAAAGAUUGUGAUUUCCUGACUACUA